AUGAUAUCCAGUAGGGCUGUUAUGGGCUUUGAGUGGUCCUUCAUGACUCUCGCCUACAUAGCAGUCGCUUGCCGCAUUUAUGUCCGCGUAGUCAUGAGAAAAGCACGGUUGUUCUCCGCUGACUACUGGCUCAUUGUUGGCUUGUUGUCCUGUCAGGGCUUACUGAUCUGCGACACUAUUACCUACUCCAUGGAUGCGAUGAAUAAUUUCACAAUAGACAAUGUCACUAUUCGAAAGAUCCGAUUUGCGACAAAUCAUUUCUUCGACACAGGCAUAUACUUUCCAAAAUUCAGCAUCAUCGCCUUCUAUUUUAACCUUGUGCCGAUUUCGCAACCAAAAAUGCGCAUUGCGCUCUAUGGUCUAGCCGGCCUUACAGUCUCUUUCGCGAUCAUCACUUUCUUCUGUGACUGGUUCUGGUGCGGGCCUGAUCCUUCGGUCAACUGGGCAAAGGGAGAACAGGAAUGCACAUCCUUCACAUCCAUGACACUGAUGCGGCUUCUGUGGUCUAUGAACUUUAUAUCUGAGGUGCUGAAUGUUGCAUAUCCGAUCCCAUUACUGGCAACCCUCAAGAUGACUUCAACACGUAAAAAGAUCGGACUAGCUGUUGUUUUCAGCCUGGGUGUCAUUACCAUCGCCGUCAGCGUUGGUAGAUUCAUAACCAUGGUCUACGUUGACAAUGCCAUAUCUAUAUACAUCUGGGCGACUGCCGAGAUCUGCAUCUCUGUCAUAGUCGUCGCUCUGACAGCAGUUCGGCCCCUCCUGCGAAAGCUCACCAACCUGAAAUCUACAACGUUACUCACGAGUCAAGAUCAAUCAGGUAUCCCAGCCGUACCAUCGAAUGGGCCCCGGAAACCCGGGGCCUUUACCGGAGUAUCAGGGAUCUACUGGCAUGCAACAGGGAAGAGUCAACAUAGGUAUGGCGAGGCCAUGGAUCCUGAAUUCUCAGCUGGUAGCGAGACGGAACUGAAUAACAUAAAUGGGAACGCACUCACAGGACAUGUCAUGGUCUCGAGGGAAAGUAACAUUAACAACAUACCUACCCAGCCAGAGUAUGCUAUAAAAGAUUGA